GUGGAGGAGGGAUCAGGACUCGAGGCUGGGGCUGGACCGGGAGAGCAGGGCGCAAGGACGGCUCUCUGCUGCGGGAAGUAAGCGCACAUCCAGAAGCUUUUCUUUCCUGCUUUGUCCCCCUGAAUCCCAGCUUUUCUCUCUCGGCUUUCCCUCCUGUGGAAAUGAGGACAUAAUCAGCUGAGGGGGGCCGCUGCUUGCAACAUUUUGAAGUUCCCAACUGUUCAGAUAGCAGAAGAGGAAGAUGCUGUUGUUAGAGGCCAUCGUGCUCUGCCUUGUGUUCGGAGCCCUGACUCAUGCCAAGAAAGGAGAGUGCACGGAGAAGAGGAAUUGUCCCAUACACCUGUACUUCACCAUAGACACAUCUGAGACCAUUGCGCUGCAAGAGUCGCCCCCUGGAGCGCUGGUGGACAGCAUCAAGGCGUUCACUAGGCAGUUUGUCGAUCGUUUGGAAGAUGAAGAAAUCCAGAGCGUUGUUCAAAUCAGCUGGAAUGUUGGUGGACUGCACUUCUCCCAGGAUCAGAACGUUUUCAGCCCUAUCCAGUCCAAGACAAGGUUCAUCGAUGCUCUCAUGGCCAUUAAUUACUUUGGAAAAGGCACCUACAUUGACUGUGCCCUCAGAAGAACGUCAGAGGAGAUGCUGAAGGCACCUUCCGCAGAAACACCGCUCCGUUUCGCUGUGGUAAUCACUGAUGGCCACGUGACUGGAAAUAAGUGUGGCGGCAUCAAGGUGUCUGCAGAGGAUGCUCGUGAAAAGGGCAUCAAGAUGUUUGUUGUGGCAGCAUCGACAAAUAUUGAAGAGACAGGACUGAAGGAGAUCGCCAACUCCCCGGCGUCGGUCUUCAGAAGCAACUUCACGGCUGUAGAUCUUACCCAGGACACGCCUAUAAUACAGACCGCGACGAUAGACCGCAUCAUCAAGACAAUGAAACAUAUGGCGUUUGUAGACUGUUACAAUGUGUCUUGCCUGGAGACAAAAGGACAGGCCGGUCCAAAAGGCCACAGAGGACAGAAAGGAGCUAAAGGAGACAAUGGUGAACCAGGGCUAAAAGGACAACGAGGUCGCCCAGGAGACCCCGGCAUUGAAGGUCCAAUCGGUCAGCCUGGUACCAAGGGUGAACCAGGUCCAAAAGGGGAUAAGGGAGAGAUUGGAACUCAAGGGAAAAAGGGUGUGGCUGGUGUUCCAGGACGUAAUGGAACUGAUGGACAAAAGGGCAAAAUUGGCCGGAUUGGUGCACCAGGUUGCAAAGGAGACCCAGGCGAUAGGGGUCCUGAUGGUCACCCCGGAGACGUCGGUCAACGUGGUCCUCCAGGAACUGAUGGAGAGAAGGGUGACCCCGGGCGCCCAGGAAGAGCUGGUCCCCCUGGCGCGGCUGGAGAUCCUGGACCAAAUGGAGAGAGGGGAAGUCCUGGCUCACCUGGAGAUCCUGGAACUAAAGGAAACCCUGGACUCACUGGACGUCCAGGAAAACGAGGCGAAGGAGGAAGAAGAGGAGACUAUGGGCCCAAAGGGGAACCUGGACUAGACGGUUCCAAGGGACCUAAGGGUGAAAUGGGGCCAGAGGGACAGAGAGGAAAACCCGGUGUUGAUGGAGACAAAGGUGCAAAGGGUGACGCUGGUUUGCCAGGACCUAGGGGAAAAGCGGGAUCACCAGGGGGGCCUGGAACCAUAGGUACCCCAGGAGACCCUGGUGAUGUGGGACCAAGAGGAGAGCCCGGAGCCCAAGGGCCCAAGGGAGACGCUGGAAGACCUGGUUUCAGCUCUGCUGGACCAACAGGGGCUCCAGGUGAAAAAGGGGAGAAGGGCAAAAGGGGACCCCGUGGCAGCAGAGGAGACUGUGGUCAGAAGGGAGACCCUGGGAAUAAAGGAACCCCAGGAGAGCCAGGGGAACCAGGGCCCACCGGGGAGCCUGGACAAAGGGGACCAAGAGGAGAUCCUGGAAGUGAUGGAGGUCCAGGCCCAGAGGGAGAUCCUGGACUUACUGAGUGUGAUGUCAUGAACUACAUCAGAGAGACCUGUGGCUGCUGCGACUGCGAGAAACGUUGCGGAGCCUUGGAUAUUGUCUUUGUUAUUGAUAGCUCCGAGUCUGUGGGCCUCACCAACUUCACCUUGGAAAAGAACUUUGUCAUCAACACCAUCAAUAGACUGGGAUCUUUUGCCAAAGAUCCGAUGUCCGAAACAGGCACAAGGGUUGGUGUUGUACAGUACAGCCACAGUGGGACUUUCCAAGCAAUCCGACUCAACGACUCUAAGAUCGACUCAGUGACGGCUUUUAAGGAAGCGGUGAAGAAAUUAGAGUGGAUCGCAGGAGGAACUUGGACUCCAUCUGCUCUUAAGUUUGCCUACGACAACCUGAUCAGAGACAGCCGCAGAGCCAAAGCCAGUGUCUCGGUCGUUGUCAUUACAGAUGGACGCUUUGACCCGAGAGAUGAUGACACACUACUAACAUAUCUGUGCAAAGACCCCAACGUGGAUGUGAGCGCCAUUGGUAUCGGAGACAUGUUUGAGCAGAAUGAGGAGAAUGAGAGUCUGCAGAGCAUUGCCUGCCAGAAGGAAGGCAGAGUGAUGGGAAUGAGACGGUUUGCAGAUCUUGUGGCAGAGGAGUUCAUUGACCAGAUUGAGACCGUGCUUUGUCCUGAUCCUGUCAUCGUAUGCCCCGAUCUUCCUUGUAAAUCAGAGCCUGCCGUGGCUGGUUGUGUCCAGAGGCCGGUGGAUGUGAUUUUCAUGCUGGAUGGCUCUGAGAGGAUGGGCCCAGAGAACCACCGCAGGGCCAAAGAGUUCAUUGAGAAUGUGGCGCAGCUCCUGACCCUGGCUGAAGGCCCGGAUGAUGACAACAAGGCCCGUCUGGCUCUGCUGCAGUUCGGCAGCGCCGGAGACCACAGAGAAGAGUUCCCGCUCACGCACAACCUCACAGUGAUCCUGAAUUCACUGGCCGCUGUGAACUACUUGGAUUCCUCGUCCGCUUUAGGCAGCGCCAUCAUCUAUGCUGUAAACAAUGUGGUGAUCAGACAGACACGGCGCUUCGUACGACCCCACGCUGAGGUGGCCUUCGUCUUCAUCACAGAUGGAAUCACUUCCACAGACCAGCUGGAAGAGGGCGUGACCGCCAUGAAGAGAGUGGAAGGCGUUCCCACGGUGAUCGCCUUGGGAAGCGACAUCAACGAGGAGGUGCUGCACAAGGUGUCGCUGGGGGACUCGUCGGCCAUCUUUAGAGGCGACGACUUCUCCGUGCUGAGGAAACCCACUUUCUUAGACCGCUUCAUCCGCUGGAUUUGCUAGUGAGGAACUGCAGUGGUCUGCACAAUAGAGUUAGAAACCGUUGAACGACAGAGGGACCAGUUCCUUCAGUGUACAUGUAACACCAGAUGUAACUCUGUGACCUUUAUCAUUCCUGGAUGAAAAGCACUGAGGUAGCACCAUAUUGUGGAGGAAAUUUGUUUGCAAAAUUGAAAGAACCUGUUCAGGUCCAACUCUUUACACACCACCAGACAUACAGAACCAGUAUGUUCAUUUAAAUGUCUUUUCAGCACUGUUACAGUAGGUUCCCCCAGCGAUUUGUGAUUAUCGAAUGACAUCCAAGUACCUUAUAGGUUUUACAUAGUUCUUCUUUUUCAUUGUUCAGCUUGCAGGAUCAAAUCUUUAUCUGUCCUAUUGUCUUUGACAAAAAAUAAAAAAAACAACGUAUGCUCUUUCUAUAAAAUGUUAGUAUUUACGUUAAUGGUGCUACAAGCUAUCUGGGAUGUUCUGAAAACAUUGUUUCUACUUCAUUUUUUACUGUUGUUAUUGUAGUUUUUUCUGGACGUAAAACAUGUAAAAUGUUGCCCUGACUAAACAAUGUUCCAGAGAGCCAAGCAGGUACACACACAAGCUGAGGUCGAUGACACACAAGCAAGAAACAAUGAAAUCUGUAUACAGUAAGAUCAAAUAAAGCGUUAAGUGUGACCCCGA